AUGCAGUCAAGGUUGCAAGAAGAACAUGAUAGGUGCAUUCUGUAUUUGGAAGCUAACACGAGGAAGCCACUUAUAGCAACUACAGAGAAACAAUUGCUACAGCGACACACAUCCGCAAUUAUUGAGAAGGGAUUUACAGUGCUUAUGGAAGCAAAUCGUGUAACGGACCUGUCGAGGAUGUACACCCUUUUUCAGAGGGUUGAUGCCAUUGAGAUGCUAAAGCAAGCACUUAGUUUAUAUAUCCGGGGCACAGGCCAGGGCAUUAUCAUGGAUGAAGAGAAAGACAAGGAUUUGGUUCCCUUUCUUCUGGAAUUUAAGGCAUCCCUUGAUAAAAUAUUGGAAGAAAGUUUUGCCAAAAAUGAGGCUUUCUCCAAUACUAUAAAGGAGUCAUUCGAGCAUCUUAUCAAUCUACGCCAGAAUCGACCGGCUGAAUUGAUCGCAAAGUUUCUCGAUGAGAAACUUCGAGCUGGAAAUAAAGGUACUUCAGAAGAAGAAUUGGAGGGAAUACUCGACAAAGUUUUGGUUCUGUUCCGAUUUAUACAAGGAAAAGAUGUAUUUGAGGCAUUCUACAAGAAGGAUCUAGCUAAGAGGCUGCUGCUGGGAAAGAGCGCAUCUAUAGAUGCUGAGAAAUCAAUGAUUACAAAGCUUAAAACUGAGUGCGGAAGUCAAUUUACCAACAAACUAGAGGGAAUGUUCAAGGACAUUGAAUUAUCCAAAGAAAUAAAUGAUUCUUUCAAGCAAUCAUCUCAGGCAAGGACAAAACUUCCGACUGGCAUUGAAAUGAGUGUACAUGUGCUUACAACAGGCUACUGGCCGACAUAUCCACCGAUGGAUGUGAAGCUCCCACAUGAACUCAAUGUCUAUCAGGAUAUAUUUAAAGAGUUCUAUUUGAGCAAGUACAGUGGAAGGCGUCUAAUGUGGCAGAAUUCUUUGGGUCAUUGUGUAUUAAAAGUAGAGUUCCCCAAAGGCAGAAAGGAACUUGCAGUGUCACUAUUUCAGAGUGUAGUCCUGAUGUUGUUCAACGAUGCACAAAAGCUAAGCUUUGUCGACAUAAAGGAGUCGACUGGUAUUGAGGAUAAAGAAUUGAGAAGAACACUCCAGUCACUUGCAUGUGGCAAAGUUAGGGUUCUCCAAAAGACACCAAAAGGACGAGAUAUAGAUGAUAAGGACGAAUUCGUAUUUAAUGAAGAUUUUAGUGCUCCCCUUUAUCGCAUAAAGGUGAAUGCAAUUCAGAUGAAGGAAACAGUAGAAGAAAACACAAGCACCACUGAGAGAGUAUUUCAAGAUCGUCAGUAUCAGGUUGAUGCAGCCAUAGUUCGAAUUAUGAAGACGAGGAAAACUCUCAGCCACACCCUUCUAAUAACUGAGCUUUUCCAGCAGCUCAAGUUCCCGAUUAAGCCAGCGGAUAUGAAGAAGAGAAUAGAGAGCCUAAUCGACAGGGAGUACCUGGAGAGAGACCGGAGUAACCCCCAGAUAUACAAUUAUCUGGCUUGA